AUGCUGGCCCCUUCCCCCCUUCCUUCCGCUGCGGCGCGUGCUGCGGUGGCGCUUCUCUUCUUGAUGUUUGGACUUGCUCAUAUAGCGAAUGGUUGGUCUGGCGCCGACGCCUACACGAUAGUUCUGUUGAACGGCUUUGACACAGACGUGGUUCUGCAGGAUCAGUUCUACAACGCUCCCAACGGCACGCUCUUGACCAUCGCGCGCAGCGGGUAUCGCCUCAUGGAUGGAGGGCUCGCGCCGUCGACCUCUGCGCCGACGUUGGCAGCGACUAAAGAGGUACCGGCGUUGGUGAGAGAGACGGCAUUCAUGCCCGUCGGUGCCCUGGACGAGCACCUCUCCACCGCGAUGGCGUAUCAAGGAAUGAAAGCCGUAGGUGGCCCUCUCCCGUUUCGCUGCCGACUCUCCGGGGAGUGGGUGGUGUGGAGCAAGGAGCGGCCGCGCAGGAGUGGUGUGGAUGCGCAACCUCGAGGAAAGGGCGCUGAAGAGGAGCCAGUUCUGUUGCAUUGCCGGCUCCCGCUUCCACAGAACCGGAUGGAGCAAGCGUUGCAGCAGCGUCGCUACAUUGCGCGUAAUCGCGCUGCCAUGUCCGCCGCACUCGAGGACUGGUGGCACACUGCUGCCAGCGAGCAGUCCUCCCGCUGCCUGUAUGGAGACGGCGAAAAGGCACUGACCGGCAGGGAGCGAUACUACGAACUGUGUCCCGCCGGCGUUGUGUAUCGAGUUCAGCACCAGCGCCUGAAGCGCCUGCUACAGCAGCCCUCUCCGCAUCGCGACACUGAGGGCGCCACCACGAAAGCCAAGGACACACAAACCGUGCUCGAUUUCUUGCACACCAUGCACCACAGCCUGUCGAGUCGGCAGGCCAUAUUGCAGAACCCACGGUACAACGGCGUUUUUGAGCAGAUAGGCCGGUACCAUUCGCGCAUUUCGAAGCCGCGGUGGAACACGGAGUACCUGGUAUGGGAGAGCUGGUAUCCAUCAACGAAUCCUUGUGCUACACAUUACACAGUACUCUCCGAUUUUGCGGGGACAGGGAUCGGUAACAAAAACGUCACCGCGCGAACUCGUAGGGCGCCACGUGCAGUUCGGCCUCAAGACGCCUACUGGAAGACCGUGGUGCGCUUCAGAUGCCCGGCCCAUCGCUCCGCGAACGAGACGCACAAGGCAUCUCUCUGGACGGUGACGGAGGCCCGCCAGCUGUGCGAGUACCAUGUGGAGGUGAUGAGCGAUCUGGUCUGCGGCUGGGAGCAGGAACUGGACAGUUUCAACGUGAACCCGGUGCCGUGUGUGGUGGUAGAUUGA